CCAAGAGAUUGAGUGGUUUGAGUUCACAAGCUUGUUUUGCUUGAGACCGAGAGACAACAGCUGGACAUCAGUCAGCAUGCUGGGCUCUUUGAUUCUCCUGUGGAUAUGUAUCUUCUUCAUCUUCCUCCUAGUCCGGAUCCAAAGGCCGAAGAAUUUUCCUCCAGGACCUCGUCCUUUGCCAGUAUUUGGGAAUCUGCUUCAUUUGAACAUGGCCAAUCCUUUGAAGGAUUUUGAAAGAUUUGCAAAACGAUAUGGGAAUAUUUUCAGUCUGUAUACUGGAUCAAGACCAGCAGUUUUUCUGAAUAGUUUUGAGGUUAUCAAGGAAGCUCUGGUGGCAAAGGCUCAAGACUUCUCAGGACGGCCUCAAGACUCCAUGAUCAGUCAUAUCUCGGAGAAUAAAGGUGUUGUAUUGGCUAACUAUAGCCCCCUUUGGAAGGAUCAUCGACGCUUUGCUUUGAUGACCAUGAGGAACUUUGGCCUGGGGAAGCAGUCCAUGGAGGAGAGAAUUCUGGGAGAGAUUUCACACAUUGUUUCUUACUUAGACAAAAAUGCUGGAGGAACUGUGAAUCCUCAAAAUAUGUUCCACAAAUUAGCAUCAAAUGUUAUCGGCUUGGUUCUGUUCGGAUCCCGUUUUGAUUACAACAAUGAAUUCCUUCAGUGCUUCGUUCAGCUCAUUACAGAGAUUUCAAAGGUCCUCAAUGGACCAUGGAACAUGAUAUAUGACACACUUCCUUUAUUGAGAAUCUUGCCCCUGCCUUUUAAAAAAGCCUUUGAUAAUGUGAAGAAGAUAAAAGAUAUAAAUAUAAGUCUGAUCGCUGAACACAAGAGCACAAGAGUUUCAGGAAAGCCGAGAGAUUUCAUUGACUGCUAUCUGGAUGAGCUUGAUAAGAUAAAAAAUGAUGGUUCCACCUUUUCUGAAGACCAGCUCAUCAUGAACAUUUUGGAUUUGCACUUUGCAGGGACUGACACCACUUCCAACACCCUCCUAACUGCUUUUCUGUACCUCAUGAACCACCCAGAGGUUCAAGCAAAAUGUCAGCAAGAGAUUGAUGAUGUUCUGGGGGGUAAAGAUCACGCAUCGUAUGAAGACAGACAUGAUAUGCCGUACACACAGGCUGUGAUUCAUGAAGUUCAGCGCGUCGCUAACACUGUACCACUAAGUGUUUUUCACUGCACCACCAAAGACACUGAGCUGAUGGGCUACAACAUCCCAAAGGGAACUGUAAUCAUUCCCAACCUCAGUUCUGUACUAAAAGAAGAAGGCCAGUGGAAGUUUCCUCAUGAAUUCAACCCAGACAACUUCCUGAAUGAGCAGGGCCAGUUUGAGAAGCCUGAGGCCUUUAUACCCUUCUCUACAGGUCCUCGUGUGUGUCUCGGUGAGGGUCUUGCACGGAUGGAGCUCUUCCUGGUCACGGUCACUCUGUUACGCCGUUUCCAGUUUGUGUGGCCCGAUGAUGCCGGGGAACCAGAUUACACCCCAGUGUAUGGGAUCACCAUGACGCCCAAACCCUACAGAAUGCACAUCAAGUGCAGAGAGACAGUCCAACAAUAAAUCAUAAUGCCAAAUAUUUUUUCCCCCUGCAUAGGAUAUAAUUUGAUAAACAGAUUAUCUUUGAACAUCUAAUAUUAAUUAUAGCAUUAUCUACAAACACUUUGUGAUAAAUUUGUGAUUCCUGUUCAUCUACAACAGUACCCAUAAUCCCAAAGUGGAAUUGAAACUUUUUUGGAAACUCAAUAAAAAGCUCAACAAUU